AUGAAUCACCUCAACUUGUUCUUUGCAGCUUGUGGGUUUCUAGAGAUAUACCACUUGGGGGCAGCAUUUGCUCUUUCCAGACAUGGGAAAUUACUGGAGGUUGUGAAGGCCUUUGCAGGAGCUUCUUCAAGAUCUGUGACUGCCACUGCUCUUUUAACGGUGCCCAAAAAUAUAGAGGAGUGUACCAAAAGUACCUAUGAAUUUGCAGAAGAUCCUAGAAAACUAUACUUUGGACCACUAACACCAAGCUAUGACAUUCUAUUUUUCUGUAGGGGCUGCAUUGAUUCAAUUCUUCCUCCUAAUGCUCAUGAGAUAGCAGAAAAUCAGCUCUUUGUAUCAGUCACUAGUGCUAAAAAUGGGGUUGGGAAUCAUUUGCUUUCAAAUUUUGCCUCAAGGGAGGAUCUUGUUAAGCUUGCUUUGUCCUUAGAGAACUUCUCAAGACCCCACCAGGCUCUUUUCCCACCAAGCCAGGAGAAGAUGGAAUCGCUAUACCAGGAAGGAUAUGAUGGUGCCAUACAUCUUUUACUGAAGGAAAAUUGGUUUGAAUAGAUUAUGUGUGUCGGAAAUUAACGAACUCUGAUGGCUGUCAGAGCAAAGCUACAAACACUCCAACAGAGCCCAAGGGAUUGCUGUCACAAUUUCUGUUUAUCUAAAAUGAAUGCCAUAGGAAUUGCAUCUGUCGCUGUCAAACAAGUGUUUAUAUAUAGGUGUACUGGAUGGAAUUUGUAAACAGGUUUAGAUGCAAUGGAAUUGUGCUUGCAUAGUAAGAGAAUCUGUUUAAUAGGGCAGUAAGAAAGAAAGA